AUGCUUGCUGGCCUCCGUUCAGCCGACACAAUCCUCCAGUGGUUCCUCUACGCCACCAUCGCUAGCUUCGAGAAUCUCAAACCCAGUGCGGUGGUCUUCGGGUGGUGGGCUCAGGUCGCGGAGAAGGUUGGUGGACCUUUGGUCUACAAACAGAUUCCGGUCCCAAAGCCUGGCCCGGAUGAGAUUCUGGUGAAGAUGCGCUACUCUGGUGUCUGCCACACUGAUCUCCACGCCCUGAACGGUGACUGGCCUCUUCCUGUCAAGAUGCCCCUGGUGGGUGGACACGAGGGUGCGGGACAUGUCGUGGCUAAGGGUGAAUUGGUGAAGGAAUUUGAGAUUGGUGAUGCGGCCGGUAUCAAGUGGCUGAACGGAUCCUGUCUCUCUUGUGAAUUCUGUCGCCAGACUGAUGAGUCUUGCUGUGCUGAUGCUGCGCUUUCCGGCUACACUGUCGAUGGUACCUUCCAGCAGUACGCUAUCGGCAAAGCUGCUCUGGCUUCGAAGAUCUCAAAGGGCGUUCCUCUUGACGCAGCGGCCCCCGUUCUGUGUGCCGGUAUUACUGUUUACAAGGGUCUCAAGGAAUCAGGGGCUCGCCCUGGUGAGACUGUUGCCAUUGUCGGAGCUGGUGGUGGUCUGGGAUCCUUGGCCAUUCAAUAUGCUAGGGCGAUGGGUCUCCGGGUCGUUGGUAUCGAUGGUGGAAGCGAGAAACAGGCUAUGUGCAAGGACCUGGGCGCCGAGGCUUUUGUCGACUUCACUCAAUCAAAGGACCUUGUUGCCGAUGUGAAGGCUGCUACCCCUGGCGGUCUUGGUGCCCAUGCUGUCAUCCUUCUGGCAGUCUCCGAGAAGCCGUUCCAACAGGCUACAGAAUACGUCCGGUCCCGAGGCACUGUGGUCGCCAUUGGUCUUCCCGCCAAUGCUUACCUGAAGGCUCCUGUUUUAAACACAGUCGUCCGCAUGAUUACCAUCAAGGGUAGCUACGUGGGCAACCGUCAAGACGGUGUUGAGGCUCUUGAUUUCUUCGAGCGCGGCUUGAUCAAGGCCCCCUUCAAGACCGCUCCUCUGAAGGAUCUUCCGAAGAUCUUUGAACUCAUGGAACAAGGCAAGAUCGCCGGUCGCUACGUCUUGGAGAUUCCUGAGUAA